AUGGAGGCAACGCAGGAGUCCGACGUCGAGAUCCUAGUUCACGUCACAGCACCGAGCAGGACGGCAGACGACGUCGCCUACAGGCAGUUGGCCCAGUCCUACCUUUCAUUCCAGCCGCGACAUCAGCUCCCCAUCUUCGCAGAUCCCGCUCAACAGCAACAGCAGCAUCAUCCUUCAGAUGCGCAGCAUGCCGGCGACCGGGGAGAUGCUCCCACGCAAGAGCAGCAGAGCACCGCCGCCGCUUCGUCGGGCAGGGUGUUCGCGGCGCCGUCAAGACAGCCUUGGGUUCCAGAGUCUCAGAACCUGAGCUUCCGGAGCGUCUGCGACAACCGCUUCUCGCCGCCGCUGCAAGACAGGCGCAACGUGACAGACGAGGCUCCGCCAAACCAGGAAGAGGAUGGUGAAUCCUUGUCGACUCAGCUUGCAUCUUCAUGGCAUGCGCCUCCAAGUCAGAUCGACGAUUCUUACCCCUUGCCUGAUGCCGAACUACGCCAUGCCACGCCAACUAGGGUUCUUGAGCAUUAUAUGAAGAAGCAGGGCUCAAACCCUUUCCGUAAUACUCAAGCCGAUCAUCCAGUUCCACCAGACGGUGCUCGUGGAGGAGAUACUCAUAUUCCGUCGUCUAUCCCCAUCCCCCCUGACCUGGCCGAAGAUGGAAGCCACUCCCUUGGACAAGAGAAAGUUGCGAAUAUCAUCCCCGUCACCCCCGGAGUACCGAAAGGGGCAUCGACUCGAAAGCGACAAGAAUUCUCCCCUACUGUGAUUGACGAGACCAUCUACAUAUCGAGCGGCACUCCCGAUGAUUCGGCCUCCGAAGCAGCCUCCCUUCGAGCCGAGUCUGCACCACCUCUGUCGAAGCGCCAAAAGGGACUCGUUGAUGAAGCCGCGGCGACGAAUCUGCAGCGGAGCUCGAGUGACACCGGGCCAGCCCGAAACACACGAUCAGCAAGCUCUUACCCAGCCGCGUCGAGAGACUCAUCCGACACCUUGGAAAUCCGGCCCCCGUCUCCUCCCGCAAGCAUCAUGGACCUCGAGCCAGCAGACCUGGUGCCCGACAAGCUGGCCAAACUAGCCCAAGACCUCUCCUCUCGAUAUCGCCCCGUAGCGAGACGCGAACUGGAGCCCCUCGAACGGGGCUACUGGCUCCUUGACUGCAGCGGCUGGUCCGAGGACACCUUUCGCGAGAGCUGGCUCUUCCUCGGCAACUACCUCCGCAGCGGCCUGGCUGGCUGGGGCGUGUGGUGUCGCCGGGACGAGCCGCGCCGCUGGAUCCGGCUCUACUGCUGGGCUCACGUCGCGAAGCAUACGUAUCUGCUGCUGUAUCUUGCGAGCGGGAGGCAGAUGAAGGGUACCGGGGCGAAAUGGAUUGGCGCCGAUGGAGAGGUUGCGUUGGAAGUGCUGCCUGUGGAAAAGAAAGCGUAG